AAAGAAAACUCAUUGAAAUCAUUGAGCAAAUUAUAUUUUUGCCAACAGAGAUACAAACAGAUCUUAGAAUGAAUGACAUAGAUUUGUUGUUCGAACAUUAUCAGAGAGUUGUUGACGAAAGAGAUGAGCUGUUAUUGAAGCUAUCGACCGUGUUAAUUGAUUUUAACUAUUUCAAGGACAAUGAUAAAAGAACACUUUUCUUCACUGGAUUUCCAAAUUGGAAGCUACUAAGCAAAUUCUGGGAGUUGGUCAAAGACUUUUUUCCCACGCACUUCAAUUGCAAAUUAUCACAAUUUCAAAUGUUGGUUCUAACUCUCAUGAAGCUCAGGCUUAACCCAACGUUUACUGAUUUGGGUUAUCGUUUUCAAAUCGAUGGAACAACAGCUGCCAGAAUGUUUCACAGAUGCAUUUUUGUUUUAUUUAAGAAGUUCAAGGACACAAAAAUUGUACAUUGGCCGGAAAAGCGAAAUACGUUAAUUUUCAGUACUCCUAACUAUUUCCGUUCAUUGCUUAAGGAGAAAGUGACGAUAAUCGUCGACUGUUUCGAAAUAUUUUGUGAAAGGAGUACCAAUUUGCGAGCAGCUGCUCAGCUGUAUUCUGUUUACAAGAGUCAUACAACACUUAAGUAUUUGAUUGGAAUCAGCAUGUCAGGUGUUAUCAUAUUUAUAUCAAAAGCUUUCGGCGGCCGAACUAGCGACAAAGCAGCUACUUUGAAAAGUGGUAUUUUGAAUUAUCUUCAAGAAGGUGAUCUAAUGUUAGCCGAUAAAGGAUUCCUAAUUCGGCAUGAAGUAAACGCAAAAAAUGCACACCUGGAACUACCAUGUUUUGUUAAUCGAGGAAAUCAAUUGCACCCAACGGAGCUUGAGAGUUCACGUAAACUCUCCAGUCUACGCAUUCACGUAGAGAGAGUGAUUAACAUUCUGAGACAGAAGUUUAAUAUUUGUUCGGACAUUGCUAAAAUGUCUGCAAUAUCGAAGGAAGAUAAUUUAUUCGAUGGUGAUCUUUACGAUAUGAUAGUUUUUACAUGUUCAUGCAUUGUCAAUAUUUGUCCUUCAGUAGUCCCAUCAGACUUUGAAAUUUAAAAAAUAAAAUCUUUGUUCUAACACUGUUUAUUUCAUUGGUUAAAUUCAUUUUACGUGCUUGAUGAGCUAUGCGUUUUAAAGUUAGUUGUGGUUGCAUGGCUCAUUAAAAUAUUACAGCGAAGAUGUGGCCAAAACUGGUUCUGGAAUUAUUUUGUCAUUAAGGUGCAUUUGCAAUUCGAAACGCAGAAGAUAAGUGACGAACUGUGUAUUUUUUUAACGUUUGAAGGUUCAUUUGUCAACGUUUUAGAUCUCUUGUACAUUUUAUCUUUUUACAAUUCACAUCGAGUAAAUUUAGAAUUGGUAUUGAAAAUUGAGGUUAGAUUUUUAAUGUUUUGAUUUUGUGAGAUUUAAUUAACUUCUACUAUCUUAUUCACUACAGGAAGAUCAAAAUUAAUAUUCCUUAACCAAUAAAGGGCUCAGAACACAUAAUUCUAAUGGAAAUGUCUAGGAUAGAAGAGAAUUGAUCCGUCAUUUUAUUCCACACUAAAUUCAUGUGAUUUCGAUAUAAUUAGCACAC